AUGGUCAAGAUUGCUCUCAACCAGCACGGUACCCGCGCUCUGCAGAAGAUGAUUGAGUUCAUCUCAACCCCUGAGCAGAUCCAGAUCAUCACCGAGGCCCUGAGAUAUGAAGUUGUCCCUCUCAUCCAGGAUCUCAACGGCAACCACGUUAUCCAGAAGUGUCUCAACCACUUGUCUCCCGAGGACGCCCAGUUCAUCUUCGACGCUGUUGGCACUAGCUGUGUCAUCGUUGGCACCCAUCGUCAUGGCUGUUGCGUCCUGCAGCGUUGUAUUGACCACGCCUCUGGCCACCAGAAGGGUCAGCUCGUCCACCACAUCACCAUGAACGCCUUCACUCUCGUUCAGGACCCCUUCGGCAACUACGUUGUUCAGUACAUCCUUGACCUUGGCGAACCUGCCUUCUCUCAGCCUCUGGCCGAGAGCUUCCUCGGCAAUGUUGCCGCUCUCUCCAGACAGAAAUUCAGCUCCAACGUCAUUGAGAAGUCGAUUCGCACUGGCGACGAGACCACCAGACGCGCUCUCAUCGAUGAGAUUAUGAACCCUGUCGACCUUGAGAAGCUGCUUCGCGACUCGUACGCCAACUAUGUCGUUCAGACCGCCAUGGACUAUGCCGACCCUGAGACCAAGGCUCGUCUCAUUGACAACAUCCGUCCCAUCCUUCAGUCGAUCCGCCACACUCCUUACGGCCGUCGUAUCUCUAGCAAGAUCCAGGACUACGACAAUCAGCUCAAUGGCAUGCCUGGUUCCAUCUCUCCUCCUGGUGUCAUGUCUCCUGGUCAGCUCAAUUCCACCCCUUUCCGCACCAGCAGAUCCAACACCAUGACAUCCUACACCAGUGCCAACAGCCCUGUUGGUCACCAAGUUGGUAACUACGGUGCUGCCAGCAUGGGCUCUCCCAACGGUCACAACCGCCACCACGGAUCUCUUAACACCAUGCUCGCCCAGCCCCUCAGCAGCAGACCAAUGGCAAUGGCUUUGGCCAGGGCUACCAGCAGUUCGGCCAUGCUUCUCACGGCUCUCGCUCUUCCAACAUGGGACACUACUGAUCGCAUUCUGCUUUCUCGAGCCAACAACACUGUACUUUAUCAUGGGAUCAGUACUCCAGCAUUUGAUUGCAUAGCGCUCAUGCACACAAGGCAAGGUGCGCAAGAAGAAGGGUUGAACAUAUGGACUCGCACUUUUUUUCCACGAAGAUAA